AUGAAUAUAUUUACGGAUACAUAUAGUGAAAAUAAAGCAAAUAAUUUACAAAAAAAAUCAUCAUUUCGACAAGAUGGUUCUUAUCGAAUAUUUCAUAUAACCAAUAAAAACAAAGAAGAAAGCGAUGAUGAGAAUAAUUUAUCCACAAAAAAUGAACAAUUAGUUAAUAAAGAAAAUCAUAUAAAACCUAGAUAUCAAAAAAGAUCUUUAAAAACAUCUAGUCGAAAUGGAUCAGAACGAUGGAAAAGAAAAAGUACUAAAAAUAAACGUUUAUUAUUUCUUUCUAAAGCAUCAUGUGAAUCAACAUCCAAUGAUGCUAUUAAUUCUUCAAUAUCGGAUCAAUUAAUGAAUAAUUCAUUUCAAUCUAUCAUUCCUAAUGAUGCAGGAUCAAAACAAUUCUUAACAAUUGAUAUAGAAGAUGAUAAACAAAAUAAUAUUGGUGAUUCAUCUCAAACCGAUACUUUAAUAGAAGCUAUUGAUGAAACAAUCGCUCAUGAUGAUGCUACACUUAAUAAUUUACUUGCUCGAGCUAAUGUACUUGAAGUAACAGUUAAACAACAAGAUUUCAAUAGAGUUCGACCAAUAUCACAAACACGUUUUAAUCAAAGACGAAAACGUUGCCUAGUCGCUUUUAUUUCUGUUCUUAUAGCGUUCAUUAUUUUUUUAAUUAUUAUAGUUUUUGUUGUGGUUAUGACAUUAAAACAUAAAGCACAUAUGAAUCGAAUAUCAAAACCUUCAUCGAUUUAUAGUUCUUAUAGAUAA